AUGUGCAAGCAAAUGGAAUGUGAUCGAUCCUAUAGAGAUUUAAAUGGGUUAUGCAAGCAUUUGUUAUCAAAUCACUUAACCAACGAAAAUAAGUCAAUGCAUAUGUCUUCUUUACCAAAUACUAAUGUAACUUCCCAAGUAUUUAAUAACUCUAAAGUAUCAGACAAGAACAAUAUGCCAGAUGCUAUUAUCUCAUCUGACUGCGACAAUAAUAUCGAUUUAAUACUUGGUAAUUUUAUUUUAAAACUUUACGGAAAUAACUCACUAAAUAGAGGCAUUGUUCAACAAUUUAUGACUUACAGCCAUGA